AUGUCGAACGGCGUUAUUAUAAACAAGCCAUCGAUGAAUUUGUGUCGUAGUCGUUCACAGCGACGAAUUAUUCCGCAUUUCAGCGAUUCAAUUAUCCGGCGAUCACGUUCGUUGGGCGGUAGUAGCUCGAGUCCGACAAUUUCAGCGACCAGCGAAGAACUUCAAUUUUUUCUGGAAGAUUUUCCGAACAUUGAUAGAAAAUUUUGGCGACAACAAAGUCAUGCCUCAGCAGAAAGAGUGGUAGACGAUUUUAUAACAAAUGGUAUAUUUGCGAUGAGCAACGGCAACAGCUAUACGCACCACUUCACAAGUUCAAUUCCUAACUCAUGCUCAUCACAUUCAAUUCAGACGCAUCGAGUAAUGAACUCAAUAAAUGCGAACAAAGACUUUUUAUCACCAGGAAGCGACGUUGUUGUAACACGAACAGUGUCUCCAUCGUUUUAUUCGCAUGGAAUGCCGUCAAGGGAUAACGUGUUCCGAAAAGACGAUCAUGUCAGGAUUCUCGGGUCAACAAAUGAUCCUUUGUGGUAUCGGGCGCGAAAUUCGAAUCAAGAAGAAGGAUUAGUUCAUGCCGACUGCGUCGUUCGAUCCAAUGGAUUCGGUGCCGAUAAUGGGGUUCGCGUUCGAUCUCAUCCAUGUGACGCGGCGACUUCAACCGCUUCUUCGACGUCGUCACACCAUUCGCACGUUACGCACAAUCAACCAUGGUUUCAUUCAAUGAUCAGUCGGGAAAACACUGAAAAGCUACUUCUUGGCAAACCCGAUGGCACAUUCCUCGUUCGAGAAUCGACUAAUUUCCCCGGCGAUUUCACACUAUCGAUGGCGUAUCGCGGAAAAGUUGAGCACUAUCGAAUUUAUCAAACAACUGGAGGUCAAAUCACGUGCGAUAAUGAGGAGUAUUUUUCGAAUUUAACGCAACUCGUAUCGCAUUAUAAACGUGAUGCCGACGGUUUGUGUCAUCGAUUAGUAACUCCGAUAAUCUGCGAAACGGGCUCAUUUCCCUCGAACGGCAGCAGCUCGUAUGGCAGUGGCGCCGAUCUUGAUGAUCGCACUUCGGUGUUCCGACAAGCUGGUCUUGUGAUUCCAUCGAGUGAGGUUCGAGUUGGCGAAACGAUUGGAAAUGGCGAAUUUGGAGACGUUCGGUUGGGAAUAUACAAGGACCGAAAAGUUGCUUUGAAGGUCUCGAAACGGCAUGGCAAUGGGAUGCUGGAUUCACUGUUGGAUGAGGCCAGAUUUAUGGUCGGAUUAUCCCAUCGGAAUCUCGUCACCCUUGUCGGAGUUGUACUGGAUGACGCCAAUGUGUACAUGGUGACCGAAUAUAUGGCGAACGGGAAUUUAGUUGAAUUGCUUCGAUCACGAGGAAGGCAUUACUUGGAGAAAAGCCAAUUGAUGAAGUUUGCAAUUGAUAUUUGCGAAGGAAUGUGCUAUUUGGAAUCGAAACAGAUUGUGCAUCGAGAUCUUGCUGCUCGAAAUGUGCUUCUUGAUGACGAUCUUGUCGCGAAAAUCUCCGAUUUUGGUUUGGCCAAGAAAGCGAAUAGUGUGUCGCACGAUUCGUCGACGGGCAAGUUCCCAAUUAAAUGGACUGCGCCAGAAGCACUUCGACAUAGUCAAUUUUCAACGAAAAGCGAUGUUUGGUCAUUUGGCAUACUUUUAUGGGAGAUCUUCUCUUUUGGACGGGUACCGUACCCUCGAAUUCCAAUUCAAGAUGUUGUACGUCAUAUAGAGAAAGGAUAUCGAAUGGAAGCACCCGAAGGAUGUCCGCCUGAAGUGAUGAAGAUUAUGAAUGAGACGUGGGCUUUACAACCUCAGGAUAGGCCUUCUUUUGGACAGCCCAAUGUUGUUGCAUCAAGCCAUUAUAGUACGGCAACAACCUCGGAAGCUGUCGAGAGUCCGAUUAAAUUGCUUCCCAACGAAAUUGAAAGCUCGGUAUGCGAAAAUGUGUCGUUUUCGAUGCAAUUUGGUGAAAAUGAGCAAGGCCGAAUUAUUUGCACAAAAUUUCGGUUACGAUUCACACCAUUAAUCGCGAAACGGAGGGAUUUACCGCGCCGUUCGAAAUUCAUCGAUGAUUUCUACGAUGUCCCAUUAUGUAGCAUUGCGAAAAUUUUUGUGGCUAUUGUGAAAAACAGCACAAAAGGGAAACAUGAUAAAUUCCAGCGAAUGGAAUAUAAUGUGUCGAGUAUGGAGGUUAUUUCCAUGAUUCGAUUAAUACUCAAGGAUUUUCGAGUGGUCACCAUCGAUUUGCACCAAUCGCAAAAUGGAACUCAUUUGGCGAAUCAAAUUUUGUUUUUCUCAAAAGCCGGCCCGAUUGAGAAUAUGACACAAAUUGGGGCUGCUUUGCCGGAUCGAGGCAAAACGUUGAAACUGAAUUAUAAUUCACGUGAUGCUUGGGUGACCGAAUUGCAACGAUGCGGACAUCAAACUGAUUCGUCGUCGGUUUGGAGAAUUUGCGCGCCGGUUAAAGAAGGAAUCAGUUGUCCGGCGCAAGGAUACCCCAUGUAUUUUGUAAUUCCGUCAUUUUUAUCACAGCCUGAUAUGUCGCGGAUAUUGCAAAAUUACAAAUACGGAAGGGUUCCGGUUUGGGCAUGGUCUCGAGCCAGUGGAAACGCUGCUCUUUUAAUCGCCGCUGGACAAGAAGAUAAUAUUGCGUCAUCCGAUUUGCGAGCGAAGGUGAUUGAAUCUGUCGCAAGAUGUCACGCAAAAGACGAGCGGCCGUAUGUGAUGAAGCUUGAUUCGGGUUUCGCCGCAAAUGUUGGAAAAUCCUUUGAUCAACUCAUCAAGCUAUGCGCAAUAGAUUCCUAUGAACAGUUCAAUGAGAAAGAGCUGAAUUUCAAUGCGAAAGUUCACAAGACGGGAUGGUUGCAUUUAGUUAAAUUGUGCCUUACUAGUACAUAUGAAGCUGUUCAAUGGCUUGUGGAUCGAGAUCGAUCGGUUAUUAUCACAGAAGAUGAAAAUCGCGAUAUGGCGAUCGUAGUAGCCAGUUUAACACAAAUUUGUUGUGAUCCCUACUAUAGAACAACAAGCGGCUUUCAACAAUUAGUUGAAAAAAUGUGGAUCGGAUUCGGCCAUCCAUUUGGUGAGCGAUUAAUCGGCCGCGGCUCCGAGGCUCCGUCGCCGAGAAAACCGAAAACGAAUAUCAAACCGUAUCAAUCGUCCUCAACCAGCGAUGCCACUGACAUUUCGCCGGUCUGGCUCAUUUUUCUCGAUUGUUGCUCCCAAUUGCUUCACCAUCAUAAAAAAGAAUUUUCGUUCUCAUUCCACUUGUUGAUUGCACUUUGGGAUUUGUCGCUUUCGGGAAUGGUUCCGGCAUUUUGCACGAAUAAUCUCGAGGAGCAACUCGUCUCGGGUGUCGGCGGCGGCCCAUUUCCCGUCGAUAUCUAUUUCGAACCCGAAUACAUUAGGCUGUUUGAAAACAUCUAUCACGACGCGGUUUUGUAUAUGGAAGCGGCCAAAAAACACCAGAAAAUCGCGACGGGAAACACGAGAUCGGCGGCGGUCGAGUUUAUUCGGCCACCCAAGGUGUUUUGCGAUAUCAAAUUAUGGAAAGAAUGCUAUUUGCGGUGGAUAUUGCCUGCUAAUUUCAAGAAUGCCGGAUAUUUGACAGAAUGGCAGGCGAUUGACGAGAAAAUGUCGAAGUUUAAUCGAAAAGUUGACGAUGUCGAGUGGAAAAAACAAAUUCAACUACCUGAAACGUUCAGCUCGGCUUAUCCUUAUUCUGUGCCGGACGUUACUCAGAGAAUUGUUGAAUCUACAGUAACCUUGAGUGAUGAUCGGAGUGAACCUGAAAUGAUAGGAAGACCCAGUGAUUUCGAUAAAUUCUCGCUGAACUCAUCGAUCACAUCACUUUCGUUUAUCCAAACGCCAACGUCAACAUUCAAUAAUCCGAACGCCGACUUCAGUCCGUUGAAACGAUUGAGCCUUUCACAUGAUCUCGAUGGAAGCAUUCAUAUGCAGCCGAGAAAUCAAAGUAAUUCACCUUCAACGCCGAUGCGUCGGAAUACAGUGCGUUCGGAUAAACCGGUGCCACCACCUGGACCGAUCUUCACGUCAACGCCGCAAGUCAAAUCAAAGAAAGAGGAUAUCAUUAAAGUUACCCGAUUAUAG